ACAUGGCCAAAGAAGUUAUAGAAAGAAGUGUCAAACUUGUGGCCAACUUCAGAUGAAAAUAUUAACCUAGUUUGUUUUGUUUCUUUUCACAUGCUAUGUUGUGGAGUUGUGCGAAAUAAAUAUGAAAUUUAAUAAAAAGAAAAAGGUUGCUCAGAAGCCCCACAAAGAAUCGAGUCAGCAGGAUUCUAACGAUUUAGACGACGACUAUGCAGAAACAACAAAAUGGUUUGAGGAAGUUAUUCCAGAGGAUAAGAAUGCGAGCCCUGUAACCGAACAAGUUUUAAUAGAAUUGAAAGACGAGGCUAAAAAGUGUCAUGAUGCCGAAGUAGCUAAUUAUAAUAUAAAGAACUCUAAAACAAAUACGAAUUACCAAUGGAUGAAAACAAUUAUGAAUAGUGGCACAGUUUCUGAUAAAAUUGCAGCCCAUAUUGUAGCAAUUCAAGAUAAUCCAGUUUGCAAUCUGGAGACAUUGCGAAAUUUAGUAAAUAUGGUAAAAGUAGGCAAGAAGAAAGAAUGUCUGACUGUCAUGGAGAGCUUGACUGAACUGUUUCUUUUUGAUUUGCUGAGGCCUGAUUCUAAACUACAACCGUUUCACACAAAGCCCCUUUCGACAAUAAAUGAUUUAUCAUCUGGCAAUGCCAUUAAAAGGCGAAAAAUCUUGAGUCUUUGGUACUUUGAGGAUCAGUUAAAAGAGAUAUACACACAGUUCGUUCAGGCUUUAAAUAAAACAGCUCAGGAUACAGUUGAAAACAAUAAAGAAAAAUCUAUUACAGCUAUGUUUAAGUUGUUAAGCGGAAAUCCAGAACAGGAGAAGAAUCUACUGGUGUAUAUUAUAAACAAACUGGGCGACCCCUCUCAAAAAGUAGCGUCCAAAGCUAUUUAUUGUUUAUCACAAUUAUUGUUUAAACAUCCAAACAUGCAAGAGGUGGUUUUGAAAGAAGUAGAGAAAUUGCUGUUUCGUCCAAAUAUUAGCAACAGGACCCAGUACUACAGUUUAUGUUUUUUAAGUCAGUUUUACCUGAGUCACGAAACUGAACGCGUUGCUAAAAAGUUGAUUGGUGUGUAUUUAGCUUUCUUCAAAGCCUGCAUUAAAAAGGGAGAUGUAGACAGUAGAAUGAUGUCGGCACUUCUUAUGGGUAUUAACAGGGCUUUUCCCUACUCAAAGAUGCAGUUUGAAGAUAUGCAAGAACACGUAGAUACAUUGUAUAGAUUAGUGCAUUUGAGUAGUUUUAAUAUUAGUCUUCAAGUGUUGAUGCUGCUUUAUCAUGUGACUGGAGAAAAAAUGGCAGAUAGAUUUUAUGCGGCAUUGUACAGAAAACUAACAGACUCAAAAUUAUUAACCAGCACACAUCAGGCUAUGCUCUUAUCUUUGUUGUAUAAAGCUCUAUUAAAAGAUACUCAAACAGAUCGAAUCAAAAUGUUUAUAAAACGCCUGUUACAGAUUUCUUUAUUUGUACAACCGUCAUUUUCUUGUGGAAUAUUAUACUUAGUGUCGCGUCUGAUUGUGAAAAAGCCCGAAGUUCAGGCGUUAAUUUUGAAAGAAUCAAUGUUGCCAGACAUGACUAAAUUUGAUGAUGAAGAUGAGAAAUAUUAUGAUAUAAAAGAUGAAAAGGACGAGGAAGAGAUUAAAAUUAAGACAGAAGAAGAGGGUGAAAUUUCUUCACUUAAUAACUUAGAUACGUCUAUUCAAAGUGAAAAUAUUGAGACAGUGGAAAUAAAAGAAGAUCCAGAUGGGGAUGAAAAGCCAGUUGUAUUUUCUGGUGGUAGCUGGUUCCAUGCCAAUCCUUCAAGUAGCCAGAAAAACGUUCGUACCGUUUUAAGAUAUAACCCUUUAGCAAGAAACCCCUUAUUUGGGGGUGGAAGGUUUUUGGCUUACAAUGAACUGACUUUAUUAAAAAAUCAUUUUCAUCCUUCAGUAGCCUUGUUUGCUGAUCAAGUGUUGAACGGGAAAAAUAUCAAUUAUUCUGGAGACCCUCUAAAAGAUUUUCAACUAAUUAGGUUUCUAGAUAGGUUUGUUUUUAAAAAUCCGAAAACUUUGGAAGAAAAAACUGGUGCCCAUCCUACUUUUGGCAAGAGGAAAUUCUACAAACCAAAAGGUGUAAAAUUAUUGGCUGUAAAUUCUAAAAGUUAUCUGAAUGAGAAACAUGAUAAUAUACCGGUGGAUGAGAUUUUUCUUCAUUCGUAUCUUCAGAAAAAAUACCAAACACGCGACUUAAAAGAAGAUGAAGACGACAAUAGCGAUCUAGAAUCAGUACAAAGUGAAGAAUUUGAAGAAAUGCUUGACAAAAUGACCGGUGUAAAAGAUGACGAUGAGAGCGAUGAAGACAUUGAUUAUAUGGGCGAAAUUGGCGACAAACUUAAAACCAAAUCUGAUAAAAAUAAGAAAAAGAAGAAAACUGAUGAGGAUGAAGAAGAAGAAGUAAUUGACGAAGAAUCUGAACAUGAAGACGAGAGCUUUGACGGCAGUGAUAAUGAUUUUGAUGCAGAUGAAGAUGACUUAGACUUGGUAAAUGACUUAAGUGAUGACGAAGAAGACAUGGAAUUUUUAUCAGAUUCCGAAGAAGAGGAACAGUCAAGCUCCAAAAAAAGUCUUAAGAAGUUUAAAAAGAAAGUUAAGAAAGAUGACAUUUCAUCUCUGUUUGCAUCAGCUGAAGAGUUUGCUUCACUUCUCGAGGAUGAGGGUAGUUCUAAGUACAAGCCUGGUAGUUCAAAUGUGAUGGAAAAUAAGGAUAAAGCUAGCCAUAAACAAUUAGACUGGGAAGACAACAGGAAUAGGUGGAUAAAAGGUUUUAAUAAAGCUGUUAAGGGUAGCAGAGGACCCCGAUUUCCUCCAAAAAAGAGACCUAAGCAGACUCAGCCAUCGCAACAUAAAAAUAAAAGAAUUAAAAAGUGAUUUUAAAGCAUGUACAUAUAAAAUGUUGAUUUUUUUUUAAUAAAAAACAAUAUUAGAAUAUAAUAAA